AGUCUCGUGACCAAUUUGUUUGCCUGAGCUUUGUUUCUGUGCUCCUCGAGUUUGCUUUUGUAUUUCGCCGGUUGCAGAAUGUUUACUUUUGUUGUUACAUUGCUCUUGUUUGUAAGCCAGUUUUCUAGAGUACAAGCCAAAUACGAGGCUACAUGGAAGUCGCUUGAUUCAAGACCGCUUCCAUCGUGGUAUGACGAGGCAAAGUUUGGAAUUUUCAUGCACUGGGGAGUUUUUUCAGUUCCUAGUUUUGACUCUGAGUGGUUUUGGUGGUAUUGGAAAGGACAAAAUAAUCCUAAAUGUGUCGAAUUUAUGAAAAAGAAUUAUCGUCCAGGCUUCUCUUAUGCUGAUUUUGCACCGAUGUUCCGGGCAGAAUUUUUCGAUCCUGACUUGUGGGCAGAUCUGUUAGCGCGCUCUGGUGCAAGGUAUGUGGUGCUGACUAGUAAGCACCAUGAAGGGUGGACAAACUGGAAAUCUAAUGUGUCCUGGAACUGGAACUCUGUUGAUAACGGUCCUCAUAGAGAUCUUGUUGGUGACCUUGCGUCAUCCAUCAGGAAGCGUACUAACGUUACAUUUGGCUUGUACUAUUCCCUGUAUGAGUGGUUUCAUCCUCUUUAUCUUAAGGACAAAGAAAAUAACUUUACAACACAGGAGUAUGUUGAUGAAAUUAUGCUGCCUCAGAUGCAUGAUAUUGUUAACACUUACAAGCCUUCAUAUGUCUGGACAGAUGGUGAUUGGGAAGCUAGUGACAAAUACUGGAACAGCACAGAAUUUCUGGCAUGGCUGUAUAAUGACAGUCCUGUUAAAGAUACUGUAGUUGUUAAUGACCGCUGGGGUGCUGGUGACAGGUGUCAUCAUGGGGGUGUAUUUACUUGUCAUGACAGAUACAACCCAGGUGUUUUGCAGAAACACAAGUGGGAAAACUGUAUGACAGUUGAUAAAAAGUCCUGGGGUUAUCGCAGAAACACAACUUUGGCAGAUUUUCUCACAAUUGAUGAUUUGACUUCUAUUCUUGCUUCAACUGUCAGCUGUGGAGGCAACAUGCUUAUGAAUAUAGGCCCAACUGCAGAUGGCAGGAUUGAUCCCAUUUUCCAGGAACGUCUAGAGCAAAUGGGAGACUGGUUGAAGGUUAACGGAGAAGGGAUUUAUGGAACCAAGCCUUGGCGAGCUCAGAAUGAUACAAUAACCCCUAACAUAUGGUACACCAGCAAACCAGGAGUUACCUAUGCCAUUGUGUUAGACUGGCCAAAAACAGACACACUGACUCUUGGUGUACCAAUCCCUACUGAGGCUACAGUUAUCACUCUCUUAGGCCUUCCAGAUGUCAAGUUUCCUUGGAAGCAGAUUUCUGAAUACAAGGGUGUGAUUAUAGCAAUUCCACCUCUGCCUGUCUCUGAUCUGCCAUGUCAGUGGGCAUGGGUUUUUAGAAUGACCUAUGUACAGUAAUUACAGUUACAAUGAUGCAUGGUGCAAUGAAUUUUUUAAUCAGUGUUACAAAAUUUUUCAGUGGAAGUCAAACGUUCCCAGCGAUAUAGUCAGACGUUGGAGCUUAUGAAGCAAUUCUUUGCACAUAAUCAUGUAAAGUUUUCUUUUGUGAAUAAACUUUAAGGUGAGAAUCAGGAAGUGCUGAAGAACUGUGUAUAAGUGUAAUAUUAUUUAGUGUUGAGUCCAAAGGACAAACAUUGUAAUUUGAAGUAAUGAAUAUUACAGAUCAGCAUUUUAAUUGCAUUUCAUGGCUUGAAUCUUUGUUUUUUACUUUAGUUUGAGAGUUUUUUUUUUUAUCACAACUGUCUGACUCUCGGUACAAAUGGAAAAGGGCUCUGAAACAGGGUCAAGAAUCCAUUUUUAGUAAUUUUUUAUACUUACAUGCACAUGUUUUUAAGUAGUUAAACAAGAAAAGAAAAGCAUUGUCUGGAUUAACCCUUGCAGUUAAGCUUUUCUUAGAUAAGCUUUACAUUGUAGGUUAUAUUAUAACCCGAGCAAUAAUAAACUUGAUUAAAAAUGGU